UGCUGGGAGCUAUCCGAUAUGGCAAGGCCCUGGUUAUCAAUAUGAUGGAUGUGGAUCUCUUGGAGACUGUGGAGAACCAGUUGAAUCAGGUGUCUCUAGGUCUGAGUUCCCAGCUGAUGAGCAAAGAGCUCCUGCAAGAGGAAAGGUACCUGAAUCUGGUGCGGUCCACAGAUGGACCCCAGUACUCCCGCACAGAGUUCAGGCCAGACCGACUGGAGGCAUUUAGCCUUGUGAUGGUGACUAAACAGCGCCACCCCUCGGAUGCUCUGCUUACUACAUUUUACCCCAUUGAGAUCACUUUAGCGGAAAAGAAAACAUAGUCAGCACUAUAAUCAAUGAGCUUUGUCACCAAACACACAUACACACUGGAUAAAGAAAACAG